GACGCGCAAGACAGAAUCACACGCUUUACACCAUGCAUGGAGCUUUAGCGUCAGAAGGUGCUUUCUGACCUGAAGGAAGCGACCGUGGGAGUGGCGAUGAUGGCUCAAGGACAGCGAUCCCCGCCCCUGGCAGCGAAACGCCGAAGUGGACCAGUGCAAGCUGUCCACAGUCCGCCCAGUCAGUCUCGAGUGCCACGCGGCGCAACCGCGUCUCCGCUGAACUCUCCUCCAGUGGGGGGUGCGACGACUUCGGUGCGCGUGUUUCAGGAUCACAUCCCAAAUGCUCGUUCCGCUGGGUCCUUGGUGGGCAAUGUCCCGCCACUGGACAGGCGGAGGAAAGAAGGUGGGGAAAACUGCCAGACCUCAGCCACACUGGGCGGCAAGACGACGCCCCGGAUGCCCAAGAAGACGCCGCGCAUGGCUUCGCCGCGGAGCUCUUGGGCCAACGGUGCCGGACCUUGUGGCAAAGUCUUGACCGAUGAGGAAGAGAAGCGACGCAGAAGACCUGCCGAGGUGCCUCCGGUGGAUCUGAAGCUUCGCAGGUCUGCCUCGGGCUCCCUCAUGGAAGGUGUUUCAGAUUCGAGGGCGAAUGCAAGCGGUGCUUAUCCCGUGGUGAAGCCACCCCUUUCAGCCACGCGGAGUGGUGCCGAGUCAGCUACGACGGGGACUUUCACAUCUUUCUCAGGCUCCACGACGCCGCUGACGGAGGGUGGAGAGGGAGUGCCUUCCACGUUGCUCUCGCGACUUCGCAACAACCCAGUGCUGCAGGUUCAAGACUCCAGAAUUAUGCAGCUCAUUGGGAAGAGGAGCGUGCUCAAGACCGGCCAAGCUGGUCGCUCGAAAGCCAGGUCUACUCCCAGCGAUGACAAGGAGGAGCUGGACACUGAGGAGGUCGUUGAGACUGUUGAGACAACUCCUUUUGCACCUGGCGAUCGCCCGAGGAAAAGGGCGAGCCACGCGGCGGGGGCGAGCCAAGCCCCACCAGGAGUGGAUCCACAAGAAGAGCUUCAACGGAAGGUGACCAAUCAUGACUCCCCACGGAAUUGCGUAGCCGACCAUGUCGCGGUGAUGGAUGACAGUGCGGAUUCAGCGAUUGUUUGGCCCGGGAUGCCGAAAGAAGAGGAGCGCCUAGAGCCAGAGCCAAGAGAACAGCCCAGCGAGCAGCCCAGCGCGGGCAGGACCCCCCCUGACAAAGCGGAGUCCAUGGAGCUUGAGUCACUUCCGGUGGAGGUGCCGGUGCAAACUCCGCCGGCAGCAGUUGCCUCAGUGGCGCCUGCACCUGCGCAGCCUGCGCCUGAGCACGCUGCCCGGAUUCCCACGCCGCACGUGCUCCUGCAGAACGAGGCAGGUUCGCUGGUCGUGCCGCAGACCUGGAGAUUCGUCUUGCCGCCUCCCGAACAAGCGCCGAAGCCCGCCUAUGAGAAGCCCCGAGAGGCCGAGGCCAUGGCCGCCAUGGCCACACCCAUUCCCUCACCAAGGGAGACUUCAGGUUCGCGGCAGGAGGCCUUGACGCCCCGAGACCUCAUCGAGGAGCUGGUUCAGGAUCAGGUGAAACUGGAUUUGCGAGACAAGCAGCAGCUGGUGGAACAACUUGUGGAGUGCCUCAUUGACCAAGUGAAACGUUACGAGAAGGAGCUGGGAGCAGAGCAACGAGCCAAGAGAGCCUUGAAGAUGUCUCUGGAGGUGGAACAAAGAAAAGCCAUGAUGUACCACCAGCGUCUCACACAGAUGGCUCAUCAGAUGAGUAACCUGGAUAAACUGGAGGUGGAGGCAGAGCCGGAGGCCACCGUCGCCACCGUCGCCACCGUUUAGCGCGUCUGGCCCCGAGUUCCAUGUCGGAAUGGUGGUGGAUGUGACAGGGGCACCCCUUUUUCAACCCGGUGCGGUUGGCCGAAACCUACCGGUUUCGGGGCGCCUCUUUCGGCCCAGCCGACCUUCCGGUGGCAGGACCUCCGGCGAUGGCGGGGGGCAAGCCUCGUGAAUUCGGCGGACCUUCCCGGGCGAGAGCGGCGUGAGCCAGCCGCCCUCGUCACGGGGGAAGGACAAGCCGGUCUGUGUGAGUGCUACGCCACAAAGGUUGGGACAGGUUGG